CGAGGCGAGCCGCGGUAAAAUUUGAAUAGAGUUUUGAGCGCACGUGAAGCACUGAGCAACACUCCAAAAAGCGUAGCACGCAAGCCGUGCCGAAACGCUAGCAAAAUACGGCUGAGCAAAUCCUCUGCUUUGUAGACCGCUUAUUCAGCUAUUCAAGUCUUUAGUGGGCUAAAUUUUGGCCAGAAAUAUCUGCCUCAAAAGUACAAAAUGGAGUCUUCGUCAGCUCGUAGAAAUUUAUUCACAGAGUGUUUUACGAGCGGCUCUUCGAAGGACGACAAAGAUAGGAAACAUUCGCCAGUUGUUGUAGAGCUAAUAGAGGACAAUUUACCGCAUGAAAACGAGAGUUCAGAAAAAAUUGAAUCCCUAGAAGAGUUCUUUCAAGGGGACUCAACACUAAAGGAACCUGUUCAGAAAAUACUUAUUAUUGGCUUGGAAUUAGCGAAAGAAAUCCAGAAACUUAUAGACGAGGCUUCGUCUGGGUUGAAUAUAAAACACGCUGCAUGCUUGCCAAGCGAAGUUCCGGCGUUCUGCAACACCGAGAGAUUUGGACUUCUUUUGGUAGAUGUUCGUUGCGCUAAGGAGGAGAGAUGUCUUCAAAAGAUUUGCUCCAAUGUAAGAUACGACUCAAGAUCUCUGAACAACACCACCUCUAUUAUUGGUAUAACACCUGCUGACUACACAGGAGAAGACCUAAGUUCCCAGGGUCUGAAUGAUACCCUACAACUGCCAUUAAAAGUGAGUGACAUCACUCAGCUCCUUCUUAAAUGGGCAGAACAAAGCUCAUGUAAAGGGAUGCCUCUGACUCCAGAGAGUCCUGAAGAUGAGGUUAUCACUGCUCGUAAGGCAGCAGAAAUAAUAAAGGAGACAGAGGAACAGGCUAUGCUGGUGGCCCAUGUGCAGAGUUGUGAGCAGAUUCGAAGAGACCAAGAGCAACCCACAGGACUUCAGCAUGAAUCAAGCAUGAAUCCCAGCCUUAUGUGUACCCAAGCCUUCUCAGAUUAUAGUCACCAGUCAAACAUGAUGACUUCAAACACAUCUAUCAAAGACACUUCUGCAACACAACCAUUACAAGACCCUUCUAAAACACAAUCAACAGGUUAUGGGCCCAGAAUUCCUGGAUCCAUCACAGCACCAUGCCCUAGCUAUAGAUCAGCUUCCCCUUCAAUGAGUUAUGCAACUCAGGCUCAUUGUGCAAGCCACUUGCAGAAUAGUUUACCAUAUCCUGGAUGCAGCUCCCAACGUGCCAUGGAAUCUUUUCCAGGUCAGCACAUGGAAUUGCGACAACUUAAUCAAGCAAUGCACCCAUACAGCAGUGGUAUGUCAUCAUCAAUACCAUGCCGUCCAGUUCUGCGACAUCCGUUUGCAUCCUCAGUGGCUGGUGGUAAGAUACUUGAGAGGAGAGGCAACCCGCCCCCUGUUGCUGACAACUUGCAUUCAUACUCUGCUGGAAAGAUGCAAUCAGUGGGAACGCCAGCAUAUAUUGUGAGUGGUACCCCUGGAUCCAAGGAUAUGAAGAUAACACUCGUUGAAGACGAUUUGACAAAGCAUAGUUCAAAGGAGAGGAUAAGAAGGGAAAGGAUAAAGGAGAGUUGUGACCAGCUCCGCUUCCUUCUUCCCAAUGUUACAGGCAAGAAGACAGACAUGGCAUCUAUACUGGAGAUGACAGUGAAGUUUGUUCGGCUGGUGAACGAAAGGAUACCGCCCCCAGUCAUGGAGGAGAUUGCCCGUAAACUGUCACCAGCUUCAACAUCACAAUCCAGAAAGAGAAGUCACCGAGACCAUCAAAACACAAAGCAAGCUAGAAUGAGAAUAUCCCAACAAGUUCAAGAAGAAAGGGCUGUGUCCCCCAUGCUAACUGAUGACCCUAUGCGGACUGCUCGGGCCCAAGCUUUGGUGUCAAGCCCAGGCCCAUUAUAUUUGCCACAUAUGCAUAUGGGUCCAGGACAGCAUUUGAUGUCCCAUCAAAGUGGAUAUGGAUACCUACAGCCUCAAGUAGUAAAUUAUAACAAUGGGUGUGGAAGUGACCCAAUGUCCAAAGACUUCACCCCCAUGCAGACAAGUGUCAUCACGUAUGGCAAUAGUAUGCCACAUGUUAUACAGCCUGAGAGUGACGUCAACACCUUCCACCAUGGGCAACGUCUUAGUGCCACACCUUUGACUGUAAACACCUCAAAUCUGGAUUCACCACAGCAAUGGAAUUUCCUGAAGUUGCCGCCAAUUAACACCAUAUCACCUAGCAACAGCAGCGUUGACCUGAGCGCCAGUAGCCUCAGUAGUCUCGACUAGGGGUUAGCAAUUAUUGAUAAUGUUGUAGUAUUCUUGAUUAAAGAAGGUGAGGAUUGUUUAACCCUGAUUACAGUCAGUAGAUCGUGACUUGAUCCAUCAGCUUAUCAACUGCCAUGAUUUGACAUUACCUGCAGCUCCUAAGGGCAUGUCACCCUCUCAACUACUAGAAGGGCCACACUUAGGGAUUGCCUUUAAUUCAUUUAGCACACAGGGUCUUUGUCACUGUGAAUGAUCUUAUUAGAUCAUUAGUCAGUAGUCUUGACUAGACUAUGUCAUACUAGUUGUAAGAUGUGAUAUUCCUCCCCUAAGCCAUGAAUAGGACAGUAAUAUUCUAAAAGGGGUCAGUUUUGACUAGUGGUAUGUCAUUUGUAUUAUAGCCAAAUUCGUUGUUGCGUGACCUGCCAGAAUCCAAAAUUCCUUUCUUAAUUUGGGAAUAGCGCAUAGUCAAUCGAACCAAACAAUCAAAACCAGACAAACCGCCUCCAAAGAUUGUGUCUGACUAUGCACUAUUCCCAAACAAGACAUGGAUUUUGGAUUUGCCGAGGUCGCACAACAACAAAUUUGGCUGUAAGCAUCAGUGCACAAGCCCUGUUAGAGAAUGGGAACCUGCCUUUUAGUGUAAGAGAUAAACUAGUAACUCAUAGAAAUAAAAUAAACUAUAAUGAAUACUAUUAAAAAUGUUGAAAAAAAAAUGAAAUAGAGUAGAUGACAACCAAUGUACCAAAUGUAUGGACAGUUAUAAUGUCUUCAUCAUUCAGCUACUUGUUUCCUUUAUAAGAACAAUGCCAAUUAAGAUGGUAGAAAACAAUUAAUAUAAAACAGUUUUCUGUGUCUGAAAGUUUGCCUUAGUAGUCUAGCCAAACUAUGUUCAGAGUUGUAAUAAUUGUUUGACUUCUGUUUCAUUCUGAGUAUAAAAUAUAUAAAGCAUUCGAAUCCCUUAAAAAUUUCAAUGUCAAACCUCAGAAGAAUUAACAUCCUUAGUAAUUUCAUGUCAAAUCUUGUAGGUGAUUGGUUGAAGCAUUUAUGUCCAUACUUUUGGUUCUUGUACGGUGGAAUAAUAAAGUGAAGUUGUAGUA